CUCCUCUCUCUCUCUGCAUGUUCAUAACUUUCUCUCUCUACAUUUAUAUACACACACAUUUGGUAUUUGAAUCUGCAUGCCUUCGUCGAUUUGCUAGGGUUCAUGUGAAUUGGGUGAAACUGCAUCUAAUUUGUUCCGCCAUUUCGAAAAUUGAAAGCAAUAAAUGUGCGGCUGCGAUCGAUUCUACUGAAGACUUCAGUGCAGCAGCGGCGGAGGAGCAUUUAACGGCUGCUGAACGUGAUUAGUGAUGUCAGCAGCGGCGACGGCGGCGCGGGAGAUGGAUCCGUUGCUGAAGGAGCUGAAUGAGAAGAAGCAGAGCUUCCGGCGGAACGUGGUGUCGCUGGCGGCGGAGCUCAACGAGGCGCGCAGCCGCCUCGCUUCUCAAGAGCAGACCUCUCUCCGAGAAACCCUAACUAGACAGGAAGCAGAGAAUAAAUUGAAAGCCAUGGAAAAAGAGAUAAACAGAUUGGAGAAGAGUUUAGAGGACAGAAAUUUGCAGCUGCAAGCUUCAACCUCUGCUGCUGAGAUGUAUGUCAAAGACUUGGACGAACUGAGAUUACAGCUUAUAGCAACUAGAGAAACUGCAGAUGCAAGUGAAAUAUCUGCCCAAUCUGCACAAUUACGGUGUUCGGCACUGGUGAAAGAAUUAGAAGAGAAAAACUUCUGUUUGAAAGAGCACGAAAAUCGUGUAAAUGAACUGGGAGAACAAUUAGAUCUUCUACAGAAGGAUCUUCGAAUCAGAGAGGUUUCUCAAAUGCAGCUAAAAGAUGAGGUGGCGAGAAUCGAGGAUGACAUCAUGCAAGCAUUAACCAAGGCUGGAGCAAAUGAAGACUCUGAGCUGCGGAAGAUUCUAGGUGAGGCGUCUCCGAAUAAUUUCGAAAAAAUCAACAAGCUAUUGAAGGUAAAAGACGAAGAAAUAGCUAAGCUCAGAGAUGAAUUAAGGAUCAUGUCUGCUCAUUGGAAGCUUAAAACUAAAGAACUCGAAGAUCAGUUAGAGAAGCAUCAUAGGGCAGAUCAAGAUUUGAAAAAGAAAGUUCUGAAGUUGGAGUUUUGCCUGCAUGAAGCACGAGCUCAAACUCGCAAGCUUCAAAGGAUGGGAGAGCGAAGAGAUAAAGUUCUGAAGGAACUAAGAGAUGAGCUGGCAGCCAAACAAGAGGCUGUGCCUCCGUUUCGGGGCAGUGAUAAGCAGAGUAUUUGGGAGAGCCCGGGUUUCAAGAUUGCAGCUUCAAUGUCGAUGCUCAUCUUAGUAGUGUUCGCUAAGCGGUAAUAUUAUUAUAUAAUUUUAAAUUACUACUCUUGUAUUAUAUGAGGAUCGGAUGGGGUUAGUAGCUACUAGCUACACUAGGGUGGUAUGUGUAGGAUUCAGUUUUGUUUGUAUAAAUCUGUAAUUUUAGCGUAUCUUUCAUUGUACGGCCACAAUCGAGAAUCAAGAAAUGGGAAUAUUGCAAGCUUGUUUUUUGGGG